GAACUUGGAAUGGAACGAACGACAGAAACUGCGGGGAGGACUCCGCGAGAGCGAAAAUCCAUCCAACUUGUGCAGUCAGUCUUUACCAGAGCGAGCGAAGAGUGGUGGCCACAACGGUGAGCAGCAGCCUCCAAUUGGACUCGAAAAAGGCGAAGAAUAAGGAAAAUCUUCGAAUGUGCGUCUUGGAUUCCUACAUUGGACAACAAUCGUACAGUUUGAACGUUCUAUCUGGCAAGUGCAUUCCAGUAGAGUGACAAUACAGGAAGAAGCAGGAAGCUCAAUCCCGAACGGAGUUUGGUGUGACCCGUGGUCAAAUUUUCGGUGGAGUUUUCAAGGAGUGGUGGAUUUGAAUUGUGGUUUUGGGAAAGGUCAAGCAGUGCGAAGAAGUGGAAUUUCUUGAAGAUUUUACAAGAAGCUGGAUUAUUCUGGGAGGUGCGGUAAUUUUGGUGAAGUGUCUCAUAAAUUCGAUUACCAAGAGAAGAUUUUUCCUGGUUGAAGGAGGAUCCAUUAGUGAAAAGUUGUCCCAAACAGGAAGAGGAAGCUAUUGAAGCAGGAAGAAGAAAAGCUGGUGAAGAGUAUGGAGAAGUGGUUUUGAUACUCAUUCAAAAAAUGAUUCAAAAAUUCAUUUGAAAUCCGUAAAAUUUUCACGCUGUUGGUGAAUGUGAGAUUGGUUUUGGUGCUCGUAGAAAGUGCAUUCGACAAAAAGUCGUGAAGAAAACUUAUUCCGACGAGGAAAGUGUUUGAGGAAGUUCUUUUUUUCAUUUGCGAGUCGUAGAAAGUAGUAGGUAGUGGGUACACACAUAAAAUAUAUAAGAAAAGGCAGCGCCCUCCAGUUCGGAAAGCAAAGCCGAAGAAAACCGCAAAGAAGAAGAAGAAAUAGUAGCGGACAAGCCAGUCAGCCGAAGACUUCGCAGACGACGAUCGAUGCUCGAUUAGCUGCUUCUGCUGCUGGCUGGCUGUUCGUCAUCAUUGGUCGUCCGGCAGCGAAGGCGACGACGACGACGACGUCCAGAAGAGCGACUUGGAACACGGCCUUACCAUGGCUGAGGAAGAGUUGAUGGUCGUACUGCGAAAGAGUGAGGAUGCAACUUUUGGCUUCUCGCUGCUGCGGACCGACUCGCUGAUUGGAUUCCCCCAUGUCAUCUACGAUAUCGUGGAGAACUCGCCGGCUGCCGAAUGUGGAGAGGUCGAGGCCGGUGAUGUAAUCGUGAAAGUUAAUGGGACCGACGUCCACGGAUUCACCACCAAAGACGUGCUAAAAUGCCUUCGACUUUCAACGGAUCCAGUUACGCUGGAGCUCAAAAGAGAUCCCAAAAUCAAAGCUCACGUCCGAAAGUACUUGGCCUCCAUCAGCAACCAGCAUCCGCACUCGGACGGUCACCUGUCGCAAAGCUCGAACCCCUCGUCACCAACCCAUCACCGCCAUUCGCCUGCUUCCCCCCUGUCCGAACGGGGUCCUAGUCGGAUUCAACCACCGUCGAUAACCACCAGCGGCGGCACACCGGGCCGGUACGGCCAUCGGGUCAGUUCGUCCGAUCCGUCAUGCCGGCCCUCUCGGAUACCACAAGCCGUGCAGGCAAAAAACUCAUGGAGUGCACCCCAGUCACCACACGGAAUCAAACCGCCCCGCCCCUCGCUGAUACCGACCGUUAACGGGGCGUCGCCGCAAAACCAUCAGCAGUAUUCAGCAACAACGAACUCCUCUUCGCCGUUCUUUCGGCAGGAACACCACCAGCAGAACCCAUUCCAGCCGCAGCCGGUACCGAAAAAAGGCUUCGAGGCGUUCAUGAUGACCGGUGAUCUGAUUCUGAAUCUCUCACGUACGCCACAGAGUUCAGGAAUACUGCCACAAGCCAAAAAGAUUGACAGUCUGCGGGAUUCACCGAGUCAUCGGGCCAGUACGAAGCGGAAAAACGGUGCUAUCGCUCCGCACGCCAAGUGCGACUCGUCGCCGUCUUCACCGAGCAGCAGCAGCAACAGCUUUUCGGAGCACAACGACAAGCAGCGUACUUUGCCAAAGGACCAUUCUUCCAAGAAGAGCCGAAGUCAGGUGCAACAGGAGCAGGAAGAAGAACAACAAGAUUAUACCGAUCAGAAUACGGGUAGUUCCAUCGAGUCAAUAGUGAACAGCAGUAGUAAGAAACUGAGUGGCAGUGGAGGUAGCAAUCACAACAAUAACCAUAAUAACAAUCGGUUUAUGGAAGAUGACGAACGGGCUCUGGUGAACUCGUCGAAGCAUAGUAGUAGUGAGGCAGCUGGAGGCAAUACCGGGCGGACAAUCGGUAGCAACAGCAACAGCGUCGGAAGUAGCGUAGACGCAGCGGACGAAGAAGAGAACGCUGACGAUCUGAUCGAUCUGAGAAGUAACCGAACAAACACUAGUGGCUGUGUGUCGUCUUCGUUGCUCGGGGAGCGCAACUCUGCCAGGCGAGACGUUCGCCCCGGAGGACAAGACGGCAGUAAUAUUAGUGUCACUGUUCAGCCAGGUAACUCCGUUGGAAGCGACAGCGUAGACAGUAGCAGUGCGGCGGCGACCAACGGCGACCUUCGCCAUUACCAUUCUAAGGAACGCAGUAAAUCUUCCUCAUCGGCGGCUUCCUCUGGCGGAGGAACCACUGUGAAAAGCGAAAGUUCACCGGAGAUGAGCUAUUCUGUGCCAACUUCGCCGACCUCGCUGUCGGCGGCUCCCAUCCUUGAGGGGUACGCUUCUUCGCUCAAGAAAAAGGAUCUACUGCUAGCCAACUCAGUGCCGACUAGUCCGGAAUCCGGAGCGCAGGAAAUCGUACGCCGUAGCAGUAGUAGUGGAAAUCAUCAUCAUCAACCUCACCAUCAUCACCAUCACCACCACCAUCAGCAGUACCAUCAUCACAGUAGCAACAAUCAAUCGUCCAACAGUGGCAACGGAGGUCCUGUUGGGCACAGUUCCAGUCUCAUGAGUGCCAGUAUCAGCGGAGGUGGUGGUGGAGGAGGAGGAGGCAGUGGUGGAAGUGCAGGUGGUGGGGUUGUUCGGAAGUGCGAUGCGGCAGGCUUUCGGACCAGUCGGUCCGAGGAUCACCUGCAGCAGACGCAACGGGACGGCGGAAUCGGAGCACUGGUGCCAAUCGAGAUCGACGAGGACGUGAACAGUUCGCUGAAUACGCUACUCGAUACCCGGCACGACUCGGAGGAAUCACAGCAGGGCUCCGAUCACGAUCGAAUAGUGUGGACGUACAAUGCGCCGGUGUCGCAAAGCAACGGAGCGGGUGGAGUCGGGCCGGCCGGUAUCAUCACUUCCCCAAUUUCGCACUCCAGUUCGAUGAGUUCCUCGCCGCAGAGAUCGGCAAGUGAUAGUCCCGCUUCGCCUACGUCCGUGUCCUCAUCUGUGAUGUCCUCGUCGGGUGGAUCCAAAGGUGCCAACGAUCAUACCCACAAUGGGUAUAGCAACAGUGGCUUCGAAGGGGGCCGAGGUGGUAGCGGAACGCAUAGCAACCUGCAAAGCCUCAGCUGCCCGAACGGAAGUGGUCCGGGGGGAGGUGGCGGUAUGGACCAGAGCGUAUCGGAAGCGGUGUCAAACAUUUCCAGCCCGGACUAUCAGGAUGAGCAUGAUUUGCUCAGCACGCGGGAUCUGGCCGCGAUGGCGAUCAGCGAUCCCAGUGAUUCCGACUCAACGAUAUUGGUUUCGGAGACAACGCAUCGAGUGCACGAGCGAGAUCGUGACCGUGAUCAUAAGAUUGUGAUACAGGUUAAGGGAAUGCAGCAGCAGCAACAGUUGUACAACCAGCAGCAAGAAAAUAUGCGAUAUUCGGAGUUGAAGGACUCGGAAGACGAACUAGCAACGCUGACCGAAGAAAUGCCCACGAUGUUCUUCGGACAGGACGGACAGCUGAUGUACGGUGGCCGGGAAUCGUCGCCACCGGUGUCGGACGACGGUAGCGACGUAGAUUCGCUACAUUCAUUCCAUUACUCGCCAAAGGCAGUAGAUCUUCCAUCGGCCGAGCGCCUGGCUAAACGCUUAUACUAUCUAGAAGGCUUUAAGAAGAGUGAUGUCUCGCGACAUCUCAGUAAAAACAACGAUUUCAGUCGUGCCGUAGCCGAUGAAUACCUUAAGUUUUUCCUCUUCGAGCGGUUAACGCUCGACGAAGCUUUGAGGCUAUUCCUAAAGCAGUUUUCGCUCUCCGGGGAAACGCAGGAGCGCGAACGGGUGCUAGUGCAUUUCUCCAAACGCUAUCUAGACUGCAAUCCAGGAUCUUUCAAUUCGCAAGAUGCUGUUCAUACGCUUACAUGUGCAAUAAUGCUUCUCAACACGGACCUGCACGGGCAGAACAUUGGCCGGAAGAUGACCUGCUCGGAGUUCAUCGAAAAUCUGAGCGAACUGAACGAUGGCGAGAACUUCCCCAAGGACAUUCUCAAGCAGCUGUACCAGGCGAUCAAGACGCAGCCUCUCGAGUGGGCAUUGGACGACGAAUCACCUGACCAGCAAAAGCUCGGAGGUGGACGAAACGAUGGUACCAUGGGAGGAAACGGUGGCGGUGGCACGGGAGGCAGUUUACAAGGUCCCCCGGUGGGACCAAACCCGUUCCUGGAUCCUCCUCAGCCGGCGGCCAUCGAGUACAAGAAGGGUUACGUGAUGCGAAAGUGCUGCUACGAUACGAACUACAAGAAAAGUUGUUGUGCUUUCUUUACAGCCCCCUUCGGGAAGCGUUCGUGGAAGAUGUUCUAUUGUACGCUCCGGGAUCUGGUGCUGUAUCUUCACAAGGACGAGCACGGCUUCCGCAAGAACCAAAUGUCGGACAAUGUCCACAAUGCGAUCCGCAUCCACCACGCCCUGGCGACGAAGGCCAGCGACUAUACCAAAAAGCAGCACGUUUUCCGAUUGCAAACGGCUGACCAGUCCGAGUACCUAUUCCAAACGAGCGACUCCAAAGAGCUGCAGUCGUGGAUCGAUACCAUCAACUUUGUGUGCGCGUCGUUCUCGGCUCCACCGCUAGAGGGAGGCGUCGGCAGCCAGAAGCGCUUCCAGCGGCCGCUGCUUCCCUGCACGCACACGAAGCUGCUACUGAGAGAACAGCUAGCGUCCCACGAAGAACAAGUCAACAAACUGGAGAACCUUUUGGCCGAGCACAAGCGGUCAACCAUCCCAACAAAGGGACUAGCUCUGCAAAACUACAAAGAAAAGGAGGCUUAUCUACUCUAUGAGUUGAAGCGCUAUAAAACGUACUACUAUCUGCUGAGUUCCCGCAUGAACUCGGACCAGUCGCUGGAUUUCGAAAACCUGCUCACCCUGGGGGACAGCGGUGUCCUGCUGGAAUCGGACGAAAUCCUGCAGCGAAAUCGGCAGAACACUGAAGGCGGUGGUUUUGGAAGCGCAGGCGCUAAUCAAACCAUCAUCCAGCAGCAACCGUUGGGCCAACAGCAGCUGCAGCAGAGUCAACUGGGCGGUGGAUUGGCCAACUCUGCCCCCGUGGCAACGGUGGCGGCGACAACCGGCGGCAGCGCCUCCAACAGGAGUGAUAGUAGACAAUAUAAAACCUGAGACGACCCCCUGUACAUCACAACUGCCUUUUAUCAGUACCGCGAUCAUGACCACCAUCAUCCAGAACCCUUGAGUACUAGCUGCUCGGAACCGGAGCUGGAUCCGUUCAGUUCCGCUGCUGCCAAUGCUACCUGUUGUUCUACCGUACUGGCCAUCGUGACCUCUACCCUAAGAUCCCUAUCCUACUUCCUGGCUCCGCAAAAUCUAUCAACCACCACUACCGUAGUGGACAGUGGUAGUGCGAGGGAGGACAAUCCUGCCAACAUCAGCACCACUACUUCCUCUGCCACUGCGUUCAAAUCAUUCUAUGGUCAAAAUGUGUGAGUAUAAUGCAAUCCUUAUAAGGCCCCUUUUCAAAUGCGCUCCAUGCAUUUUGUUGUACAUAUUCGAUUUGUUGUAUAGGUUUAUAUUUUCCCGUAUUGUCGAAUCCUGUCGGCUUCCUUACAAGUCCAUUGAUUUCCGACGAUUUGUCCUUCCUGUAUCCCUGUUUUGUUGUUAACGACCUUUAUUCAAGAUUUCAAAAUACGGCGCUUUAUUCCUUGAUCGAUAUACAUAUAUACAUACACACAUAAAUAUAUAUAGACUAAGCGAGUGAUAAGACACACACCUUCUGAAUGUGUGCGUACCACAGUAUGAGCGUGUGAGUGAGUUUUCUAAAACUUCUUAGAUGCCACGCAAUCGGGCUAAAGCCGUAAAAAUGAGAGAAAUCGAUUUUUCAUAAAAGUUGUAUAUUUUACCAUUAAACUGAGUGUAAAAAUAGUUAAACAAUGGCAUUUUUAUACAUCAAUCAUACCCAACGUAAGCAACAUGAUCCCUCUUGCAGCGUGGCUGAAGCCGUUAGUAACAGAGCAAUUCCUUCGAUAGUUAGCUGAAUCCUUUUAUAAAAAUGUCUUCAAGGCUAUGGCACUUGGUGUGGAAGAUGAAAAUAUGAAUGGAACAAGUGCUGCCAACCGUUAGGCGCUAAAAUGGCGUACCGACAAUUCUUCGAUUUAUCUCAUGCCUACUAAGUGAUUGACGCCUUCUACCAUGUAGUAACUACAUUGUUUGCUGUUCAAAAUGAAUCCAUUCGCUUGCCAGUGCAACGCCAAAUUGUCGCUUAGUUUGGCGUCAUUUCUAUACAAACGGAAUCACCCGUUCCACCCUUAAAUAAUCAUUCGGGCUUAACUGACAAACAAGCGCAACGUAGGGAUCCACCCUUGUCUGACACAUUUCCCAAAUAUUUAUUAUCGAAAACAAAACACGUUAGGAAUUUGCAUGUGACAGAGUUCAUUCAAAAAUAUUUUACAAUAAAAAAAUGUGUAUAAAGAACCGUAACUUAUAGACAUCUUCAAAUACUGAAAGUAACUCAAAUCGAAGAGAAAUAUAAACAGAUCGCGUUGAAUUGUUUUUUAUAUUAUUCAUAUAUUUAAAAGAUAGUAAUCGUACUCAAAAUAAUGGAACAGAAACUCCGUUUGUGAAAUUUUAAACAAAACAGAAAAUCACACCGCAACAGUUUGUCACAAACUAAAUUGCACAUAUAAACAUACACGCUCAUAAAACAUUUUGGAUAACUCAUCGUUGCAGCUAGAUACAGACAUUCUAGAUUUAGACAAGAGAAAUUUCCUGUGUUCAAGCUUCUCCGUCAUUGCCUGCAGAAGUGAACUCUUGAACAGCAGGAAUCUAUAUAUUAAACAAAAAAAGAAAACACUGACCCCGGGAGACUGUCUGACCAACUUCCUUUUAAAGGAUGUGCUUGAGAGAAACCGAAAAUCAACCUAUUUCUUCGCCAAGGGUAGCUUCGAAUAAAUGUUUACGUACACUGGCAUGUUCCCCAUGAUUCGAUCGAAACACACACAAAUACACAAAAAAACUAGCACGACAACAAUGGUAGGUGUUCGCUUGUGAAAAAUCGAAAACCCUCGUCAUUGAAAAAAAGAAAACUACCAGUAACUUGCAUAAAACAUAUAUUGAUCAAGAACAUAUAAGUGUGAGAAACAGCAAAAAAAGAAAACCGAUGUUGAUUGGGUAUAAUUAUCGAAUACACAACAAGCAGCAGUUAAUAGUAUUAUUCAAGUACAUCAAUUAUAUUGGAAUGGAAGGAAA